GGCGUGCUGGGCCCUGGUGGCAGUGGAGGCGGCUGCGGCCGCGGGCGGUGGGAGGAGCCGCGAGGUUCCGGCAGCCCGGGCUAGGCAACCCUUGGGUCGGCGCCGUGGGCGAGGUACGCAGGUAGGCGGGCGAGCGGCCGCCGCUCAGGGAUCGGCUCGGGCGGCGGAGUGCAGAGCGGCCCCUGGCGCGCCCCCCGCACCCUCGGCCGCCGGCGUCCAGGCGGGGCUGUGAGGAGAUGCCGACCCAGAGGGACAGCAGCACCAUGUCCCAUACGGUCGGGGGCGGCGGCAGCGGGGACCACUCUCAUCAGGUCCGAGUGAAAGCCUACUACCGCGGGGAUAUCAUGAUAACACACUUUGAGCCUUCCAUCUCCUUUGAGGGUCUUUGCAAUGAGGUUCGAGACAUGUGUUCUUUUGACAAUGAACAGCUUUUUACCAUGAAAUGGAUAGAUGAGGAAGGAGACCCGUGUACAGUAUCAUCUCAGUUGGAGUUAGAAGAAGCCUUUAGGCUUUAUGAGCUAAAUAAGGAUUCAGAACUCUUGAUUCAUGUAUUCCCUUGUGUGCCAGAACGUCCUGGGAUGCCUUGUCCAGGAGAAGAUAAAUCCAUCUACCGCAGAGGUGCCCGUCGCUGGAGAAAGCUUUAUUGUGCAAAUGGCCACACUUUUCAAGCCAAACGUUUCAACAGGCGUGCUCAUUGUGCCAUCUGCACAGACCGAAUAUGGGGACUUGGACGCCAAGGAUAUAAGUGCAUCAACUGCAAACUCUUGGUUCAUAAGAAGUGCCACAAGCUAGUCACAAUUGAAUGUGGGCGACAUUCUUUGCCACCGGAACCAAUGAUGCCAAUGGACCAGUCCUCCAUGCAUUCAGACCAUCCACAGACAGUAAUUCCAUAUAAUCCUUCAAGUCAUGAGAGUUUGGACCAAGUUGGUGAGGAAAAGGAGGCAAUGAACACCAGGGAAAGUGGCAAAGCUUCAUCCAGUUUAGGUCUUCAGGAUUUUGAUUUGCUUCGGGUAAUAGGAAGAGGAAGUUAUGCCAAAGUACUGUUGGUUAGAUUAAAAAAAACAGAUCGUAUUUAUGCGAUGAAAGUUGUGAAAAAAGAGCUUGUCAAUGAUGAUGAGGAUAUUGAUUGGGUACAGACAGAAAAGCAUGUUUUUGAGCAGGCUUCAAAUCAUCCUUUUCUUGUUGGGCUGCAUUCAUGCUUUCAGACAGAAAGCAGAUUGUUCUUUGUUAUAGAGUAUGUAAAUGGAGGAGAUCUGAUGUUUCAUAUGCAGCGACAAAGAAAACUUCCUGAAGAACAUGCCAGGUUUUAUUCUGCGGAAAUUAGUCUAGCCUUAAAUUAUCUUCAUGAGCGAGGGAUAAUUUAUAGAGAUUUGAAAUUAGACAAUGUAUUAUUGGAUUCAGAAGGACACAUUAAACUCACUGACUAUGGCAUGUGUAAGGAAGGAUUACGGCCAGGAGAUACAACCAGCACUUUCUGUGGUACUCCUAAUUACAUUGCUCCUGAAAUUUUAAGAGGAGAAGAUUAUGGUUUCAGCGUCGACUGGUGGGCUCUUGGUGUACUAAUGUUUGAGAUGAUGGCAGGAAGGUCUCCGUUUGAUAUUGUUGGGAGUUCUGAUAACCCUGAUCAAAACACAGAGGAUUAUCUCUUCCAAGUUAUUUUGGAAAAACAAAUUCGCAUUCCACGUUCUCUGUCUGUAAAAGCUGCAAGUGUCCUAAAGAGUUUUCUGAACAAGGACCCAAAGGAACGAUUGGGUUGUCAUCCUCAAACAGGAUUUGCUGAUAUACAGGGGCAUCCAUUCUUUCGAAAUGUUGAUUGGGAUAUGAUGGAACAAAAGCAGGUGGUACCUCCCUUUAAACCAAAUAUUUCUGGAGAAUUUGGCUUGGACAACUUUGAUUCUCAGUUUACUAAUGAACCUGUACAGCUCACUCCAGAUGAUGAUGACAUUGUGAGGAAGAUUGAUCAGUCUGAAUUUGAAGGUUUUGAGUAUAUCAAUCCUCUUUUGAUGUCUGCAGAAGAAUGUGUCUGAUCCUCAUUUUUCAACUGUGCAUUCUCCUUAUGUUGCCAUUUAAUGCAUGGAUAAGCUUGUUACCAGCCUGGAGACAAUUAACUAUUUUAUAUUUGCCACCCCUCCCCCCAAAAAAACACAACAAUAUCUUAUAGACUAUAAGAAUAAAUAUAACUGAAAAAAAUUAAAACUAGCUUUCAGACAAUCAUGUCAAAAUUUAGUUGGAUUGAAUCUUCAGAGGCCGGAUGAGUAAUGAAAUUACUUUUUUAAUUUAAA